GUUUAUUUAGUAAGUGCUAAACAUAGGAUAUGUAUGGAGGGCGCUAUGGAUGGGGAUCCUUGUACUUUGCUGCAGGAACUGAAAGACUUUACGGAGCAGUGCCAGAGCCGCCUCUCCGAUUUGAUGCAGGAAUUGGGAUGGACGUCUGAGUUUUCUGACGGUGACAAGGAUACAGCAGUUUGUCCAUUUGAUGAUAAUCACCGAAUGCCUAAAUCCUCCCUGGAAAAACAUGUAGCUACAUGCAGGCUACGAAAGUUGGGAUAUACCAAGGAAGAGGUUCAAGUGUCUGACCCACAGUUUUACUAUGAGGAUGCUAAAGUACCUCCAGUUGUUAUUGAUAAAGAGCUUCAGUUUCAAAUAAUCAAACAAGCUAGGGAUCGUGUGUCAGCCAGCAAUGCAGGUGGAUCCUAUGAGAGAAGUGCAUAUUCUUGCUCUCCAGUUGAAGUUCCUUAUAAUCACAAGUAUGCCAUUUGUGACCUGACACCUGCUGAUCGCCUAGCCAUCUAUGAUUAUGUUCUUGAGCAGACCAAGAUUCAGAAACCUUCUCUGACUGAUCGUUCCGAAGCUGAUCUGUUUGAAGAUUUAGCUGCAAAAAUAAACCAAGAUGAUGACCAGAAAGGACCCAAAUCCCACCUUGAAAUCAUGGCUGAAAUGAGAGAUUACAAGCGACGGCGCCAAUCUUACAGGGCAAAGAAUGUGCAUAUAACAAAAAAGUCUUACACAGAGAUUAUUCGCGAUGUUAUAAAUGUGCAUAUGGAAGAACUGAACGGCCAUUGGCGUGAUGAGAUUAAUGAUGAUGCAGGAUCCUCCGUUUCUUCUUCUUCUGUUAGAAGGAGGCAUACACAAAGAUCUCCCUCAGCAGAUUCCAAGAACUCUGGAAGUCACAGGGACAAGCAGUAUUCUGAUAGAAAAAGGGAACGAAGCAGGAGCCCACGCAGACAUUCUAAUCGGGAAAAAGAAAAGGACACCAAAAAGAAAAAAGAGAGGGAUGAAGACCGCCGUCACCACAGAAAUAAAAGAAGAAAGCAAAAUGAAGACUAAAACAAUGUUAAUUUCAACAUCCCCAAAUCGGAUGUUUCUUUGGCAGUGUUCUCUACUUUUGGAAACAUAAUUUAUGUUUCAUGCUGAGUUCAUGCAUACAGACUUACAGUCUGAAAGUCACUGGCAAGUAGUGUCUAUAAACAAGGACUAAGUUUUUUUUUUUUUGUUUUUUUAACUGAUGUGGUGUUCUGCCAAAGCUGUUGUCAUUUUUAUGUAUAUUGAGAACCAUAGCUUGUCCUCUGUAAUUAGGUCAUUCAACAAAAAUAAAACUUUGUAUCCUUUCUUGUGUACAUUUAUAACUGACAGGUUACAAGUGAUAUGCUGUAAUUAGUUUUUAUAGUGUUGUAAUUGGUAACAGUUACUGACCAUUUCUACAAGAAAAUGUGAGUUCUAGAUAUGUCUUAGAUACUUCAAUGUCUGUUCCUUUGUUUUAAAUAAGAAUUGAAAAAUGGCCUUUGCUUGUUGAUCUGGUGUCAUGAACAAUUUUCCAGACAUGGUUUCUGUUGAUUUUCCACAUAAUGUCAUGUAGCAUAUUUAGGCAAUGUUGCACCUGUCCAAUUGAUGUGUUCUCCAAUAGGUCACAUAUAUAAAUCGUGACCCACAGAAGUGCCCACAAAAGAAGCGUCCAAGAGUGUUAAUCAAUCAAAAGUAUACAUUAAUCAGGGUUCUUAAAAACAGAAUCAAUUUAUUAUAAAUACAGAUAUGGGAUCUGUUACCCAAAAUGCUUAGGAACUGGGGUUCUCCAGAUAAGCAGUAUUUCUGUAAUUUGGAUCUCCAUAUUUUCUACUAAA